CGCCCUGGUUUCCGGUUACAUCACAUCCGCAGCACUCUUUCGUCGGCUCCAAGAUGCCGGACUGCAGCGAAGUAGAGCUGUUGGUCCGCCGCCGGCGCGGGCGGGGGAGUGGCCGUGGACCGGGACAGGACAGUAGGACAGCGGUUCUAGGUACAAGCAUGGAGAAAAAGGAUAAGCCUCUCCCUAGGCUUAACAUUCAUUCUGCAUUUUGGAUAUUAUCAUCAAUAGCUAUUACGUAUUAUGUUGAAUUUUUUAAAACUGUUAAGGAAAUUAUUCAAAAAGAAAGCGGGUGGUUUGUCCUUGGCAGCUGUUUAUUAGCAGUCAGCCUGUCAGUGGCAUUUUACUGCAUCAUAUACCUUGAAUGGUAUCAUGGAAUUGCAGACUAUGAAACUAGCUAUCCCACUCUCGUUCCCAUCACAACUGCUAGCUUUAUUGCUGCAGCAGUUUGUUUUAACAUUUCCUUAUGGCCCGUGUGGUCAUUUCUGACACCUCCGGUGCUCUUCAUCCAGUUUAUGGGCAUAGUCAUGCUUGUGUCCCUUUUGGGCUAGAACUUGCAGGUUCUUUCUACUCUUGAUGUAAGAGUGAAUGGUCUGGAUCAUUCUCCCCAUUUUGAAGUUUGGGGCAACACCUGCUCUCUGCCACCUCAACUUCAGAUAGAAUAAAUAAAGGAUCAGCAAGACCGUCAUCAAAUUUCUUUAAUAUUGUAGAAGGGAAGAUUUAAUUAGAAGUACAUAGAGAUUAUGUCUCCUUCAUUUUAAAACUUCAUUUUUGUUCUUCAUUCUGUUCUUCACCAUUUCACUGAACCAUUUGCAUUCUAAAAAAAGAUAAUCAAAAGCUGUGUUUAAACAAAAUGCCAUUCAUUUGUUUGUAGGCUGCCAGGGGGCAGGAUUUGAAGAUCAAACCUGCAGGUAAUAAAGUUUGGACAGUCUAAAAUCUCAUCUUCACUGA